ACAAAUGUCACUUUUUGUAGUUUGAAAAAAUGGCGCCCCACGGCCACCACAGUUGCGAAGGUGAUAAAAAUCAUGAUGACACCCCUGAAAUGGGGGUUCAGUACAGCUUAUACGCAAAAAUUGAUAAAGAAAAUUUAGAAUGUUUAAAUGAACUCACGGAAGGAUCCGGAAAAUUGGUGUUUAAACAAUGGGAAGAUCGUCUAAAUUUUGUAGAGUAUGUUGAAUCGGAUGCAGAUGAGGAAUUACUUUUUAAUAUUCCAUUUACGGGAAAUAUUAAACUCAAAGGAAUUAUAGUGGUAGGAGAAGAUAGCGACUCACACCCUUCCAAAAUGAGGCUGUACAAAAAUAGGCCUCAUAUGACUUUUGACGAUGUUCGUAUACCUGCAGAUCAAGAGUUCGAUUUACACACUGACUCAUCUGGCACUUUAGAGUAUGCAACGAAGAUUGUACUCUUUAGUUCCGUACAUCAUUUAAGUAUCCAUUUUCCAAGUAACUUCGGCGGUGAUCAAACACGUGUUUAUUAUAUCGGUUUGAAAGGCGAAUUUACAGAGGCUCAUCGGCAUGGUGUCACCAUUUGUACUUAUGAGGCUCGGCCAAACGUUUACGAUCACAAAAAUCCUCUUGAGGAUAAUGUUUCCCAUCAAAUUCAAUAAACUCAGAUUUUAUGUUUUGAUAAAGUUGUAUCUAAUAGUAAAUGUGUAAUAUUUA